AUGAAUCCGUUUGAAGAGAAGCGCAUAGAGAUACGUGUCCUCAUACACGGCGUCGUCUUGAGCAAGAGAAGGGUUCGCAGAAUCAACGAAAAACUUCUGAGCAAAAUGGAUCAGGAACAGGCAAGAGAGGAUUUGACCCACGAUGAACGCCGAGAACUAGCGGAUGUAUUUAUUGAGGCGAGCUACAAAAUCAGACAAGCCUACUGGUCGUUGUCGGUUCUUCAUGGCGAAUUAAAGGAUAGAAUCAUCGAAGUGAACAACAACGAGAUAAUUCAUUUGAAUGUAAGGAGAACAAUAGCUGAGAUUUACUAG